AUGGGUGUGAUCCCGAUCCGCUACCUCCUAGCAGCUUUGAACUCCCUCGGACACGCCAUCGUCUAUGGCUUGAAGGUCAAUCUGAGUGUAGCCAUUGUGGUCAUGGUGAAUCACACGGCCGUGACUCAAAAGACAGCUCAUGUUCAAGUUCAUCACAAUGCAACCGAAUGCGAUGCCGGGUAUGACAAUGUCACCAAGGACACUUCAGCUGACGAUGGACCUUUCGAAUGGGACUCGCACAUCCAAGGUUACAUUUUGGGAGCCUAUUUCUGGGGCUACAUCGUGACCCAAUUACCUGGAGGGCGGCUGUCGGAGAUGUUUAGUGCCAAACACCUUUUCGGGCUUGGAGUCAUGCUCAAUAUCUUGGGCACGGUGUUUUCGCCAAUUGCCUCCAAAGGCGGUUAUCCUUGGCUCAUUCUGCUACGAAUCAUUGAAGGAUUCGGAGGGGGCGUGACGUUGCCAGCCACCCAUGUUCUUUUGGCACAUUGGUCUCCACCUGUGGAGAGAUCCACUCUCUCUGCUAUCGUCUACGCUGGGAUGUCCCUGGGAACGGUGAUAUCCUUACCGCUGUCAGGCAUCAUGGCGUCUGACCUUGGGUGGGAAUCUGUCUUCUACAUCCAAGGUAGCCUGGGAGUAAUCUGGUACCUCUUGUGGUUACUACUAGUCACAGACGAACCCACGACUCACCGGCUCAUUUCCGAUGACGAGAAGGAAUACAUCUGCAAGUCCAUCGGGAAGGCCACCGUCAGCGCUGGCACUGAGAAGAGGAAUAUCUCAGUUCCUUGGAGAAGCGUAUUCACGUCCAUGCCAUUCUACGCUAUAAUGGUGGCCCACAUGUGCAACAACUGGGGAUGGUAUAUGCUCCUCGUUGAACUUCCCACUUUCAUGAAACAAGUCCUUGGGUUCGACAUCAAAUCGAAUUCCCUCCUGUCAGCUCUUCCAUACUUCAUCAUGUGGUUGUUUGGCAUAGCCUUCGGGUACCUGGGAACAUUCCUGAGAGACAGACAGCUCGUGUCUACGACCGUCUACAAGAAAAUUGCCACUGGUCUUGCUUCUUUGGGACCAGGGAUCUGCCUGGCGUUGGUGACGUACAUGGGCUGCAAUCGUGCGGCGGCGGUUACUCUCCUCACUAUUGGCGUCAGCUGCAUCGCUGGCAUGUACGGUGGCUUCCUAUCCAACCACAUCGACAUUGCACCCAAUUUUGCCGGAACACUGAUGGCCCUGACGAACACGAUGGCCACCAUACCCGGAAUCACCGUGCCCAUAAUCGUUGGCGCCAUAACACACGGAGAUACGUCAGUGUACCAGUGGCGAAUUAUCUUCUUCAUCACGACUGCAAUAUACUUAUUCGAGUUCGUCUUUUACACCAUCUUCAGCUCUGGAAAUGAGCAGCCAUGGAACAGAGUGGAGGAUGCCAAAGAGCCAGAAGCCACAAUCUCCCUCAACAUGGACAGCCCCAUUUCUCUCAAAACCGAAGAUGCCUAGGCCGGUUUCAAAUUAGAUGCUGAGUUUUAAUUCUGCCA